ACAUUUCUAAUGUCAGAGAAACGUUUACAGCAUGGAAAAAAUGUGUGUACUUUUACAAGCAGAAUAAAAAGAAUAAAAACGAGAAUUUAAUUCUUAUGUUAAAUUUAAUUUUGUGUAUUAAAAUGUGUUCUAAUCGCUCAAAUUAAUUUCACGACAAACGAUUUGUUUUGUGUGGUAAACAUUGGUUGACCAGUAAUAGUUAUAAUCUAGCGAUUCUUUUACAAACGAAGGAAAUUAUUUGCGCGAAAAAUGGCAGACUUCGAUUUCAGUGAUUUAAAUUUGGAUUUCUUACAAAGCACUCCUCCGAAAUCGUCCAACUCGGAUGAGCCAAGAACCGCUACACCAGUCCCUGCAGUCAGGCAUGAAAUAUAUUUUCAAAAAGAGACUGUUGGGGAAUCUCGCAAAAAGAAACGUCAAGAAUGGGCCAAGAAGAUAUCUAGUGCGGAUCGCUUGAUGAAGGAAAUACAAAAUUUAAAAUGUGAUAACUUACAAUUGCAAACUCAACUCAAGGAUUUUCAAACAACCGCUUUGGAUAUUCAAAGGUUGUAUGCGACUGAAAAAGAACAACAUGAAAUUAAAACCAAAGCACUGGAGGAGCUCAAGAAGCAAUAUGAAAAAAUUGAAACCGAAUUGGUUGUCAAGUCAUUGGAAUGUGACCAAUUUGAGGCAUGUUUGGAGGACCAGAAAGAGCGACCUGUUGAUUACAAUGAUCUGGUUAUGAAAUACUUAAGGCUGGUGAACAAAUUAGAAGGAGAGGAUAUGAUCAGAAACUUCCCUGACCGCGGCUUGGCAGAGGAAUUGAAACAAUAUUGUGCUAAAUUUAAAUUGAGAUAUCUUCCAGCGCGUCUGAUCAAUAGCCCUCAAAAGUCUUCUUCUCGUAUCAGAACACAAAAAACAUGCUACGCAGAUGCAGCUGUACAGUGUGACCAUGUAACAGAGGCACAGCCCACAAAACUAGAGACACGAAACCAAGGAGUCCAGUGUUGCGUUGUAUUGCGUUCGCAGGGUACACAACAUAUUAGCACCAUGACUACACGUAGCACCACAACAUCAUGUUUCAUUAGUUAUCGUAAUGUGGGCACAAGUAGCUCCGAUUUGCAAACAAUGCCACCUGCGGUUGAUGAUAUUUUGAGAGAAUUGGUUCCCUGGCAAAACAUUAAACCCGUAUCGCCAUUAAUAGAUAUACAGCAGCUGACGGAGGAGGCGAAACCCACAUUCAAAACAAUUGGAACAUGCACCUGGUUGUGUAAUAUAAGGCGGCCCAUUGAUUUUAUACCAAGAAAUAAAAUAAAGAGGUCGACAACAAACAUUGAAUUGUCUGAAGCUACAGCACACAAUACAUUAAAUAGAACUGUUAUUAAACAGGAAAUGAUAACACCAUCUCCUUCACCCACACCAAAUGCUACCUCUAGCCAAAAUGAAAGUACAGCAAACGCCACUUCAAAUCGUUCCCCUGUCACCAAUAUUUCAACCAAUCCUCUUCUAUCUGCAAUACAUUCAAACCCGCUUUUGAGUCAUGGAGCAAACCCAACAUUUCACGAACUUUGGCAUAUAUUUGGUAGAAUGGUAUUGGGUUUAUUACACACAACUAAUGAUAGCAAUGCAGGCAUUGCUGCUUCAACACAGGAUUCAGUCAAUCAGCAACAGUUUCACAAUUGGCUCAGGGAAAUCUAUGAUAGCUCAAUUCUUGCUGCAAGAGAAACACCUGACAUUGGUCAUACGUCAACUACAACUCAGCAAGAAGCUAGCAGAACACAAAGUGUCGGCACAAGUCCUUUGCAUUUUAAUGAAAGUUCUGUUCUAACAUCAACCAAUAUUGUGCGACCGGAAGCAAGAAGAACAAUUGCUAAUAUAUCAGAGGUAGAGGAAAUGCAAUUAGCCGGAGCUGAAGAAAGUGUUCAUGAAGAAGAUAAUCCCGCCGAAAUGACAUUGGCUUGUAGCAGUUCACAAUUGUCAACCCAGCUGAACUUUGAUGCAGAUUCAACCUCCUCCACAGUUAAACGUCCAAUACCAUGCACAUCUGUAUCAGCUGACAACAUGCCGAGCAAAAAACCGAAGAGUGCUGAACAUAAAAAUAAAUCUUCCAAAUCAAAAUGCGGAUCAAAAAUUAUGGAAGAUAUUAAGGAACUGUUUCCAGAAUUGAAAAUAAACAAAUCGAAACGGAAACAUCUCAAGCGUUUGUUAAAAGGCACAAAACAAAAGAAACAGAAAACAAAAUGCAAAUCACAGCCAAUUUCGGAACAUGAAGAUGUGGAACCGCAAGAAACGGCAAUUGAUUUUUUGAAAGAAAUAAUUGGGAGGAAGGAUAUUGCGUACAAUGGGGAACGUUUUGAACAAGAAGAAUCCAUACAAAGUGAUGCUGAGAGUUACUUACCAUGUGAAACAUCGCAAGAUUGUGAACACAAUACAACUCAAAAUGAGUUUGCAAAACGAGAAAAUAGAGAUGAAUUGGAAACUUUGUCAAAUGAAACCUACACAAAAGAGGAUAUUUUAAAACAUAGUGUAUUAUUGAGAAGUGAAACUCCUACAAGAACUGACUAUGAGAGUGAACAACGUGAAUGUGAUACAGAAAAUACUGCAAAUGAAGAAAUGUACAACCAAAGCGACAGCGAUUCUUUGGAUUCUCUACCCCAACCUACGGCAUUCAGAAGUGAUUUGGUUUCUACUAACCUAAGGGCUUUCCAUAACUUACCUAUAGACAAUUUAUACCAACAAAAAACGGAUGAUCAUACAAAUUCAUCUGAUCCACAGAAUGAACAAGAUAAAAAAGAAAAUCUUUGCACGGAUAGAAGAGAGCAAAGUGUGAAUCAUCAUCCUUCAAAUAUUCAAGAUCUAGAACAGGCAGAAGAAUCUACUCAAUAUUUGCAGAGCAGACAGAAAAUACUAACUGCGUCAUUUUCAUUUACUAAACCUGUCAAAAAGUUUAAAAACCCCAGAGUCUCCAAGAAAAAAGAAUUAUACAACUCACUCUUUGGCGAGACAUCAGAUACGGAAACUGACGAAUAUUCUGGAGAUGAUAAUCAGCAAAAUGCAACAAAGAGGAAAAAGAGGUUCACUGAAGAAACCCACAGUCAUAAAUCAAUGCAGAAGGGAAACAAUAGUCCCACAUGUAAUUUAGAACCAACUACCGAAAAUAGAGCUGAAGAUGUUGAACAUGGUUAUGCAUCUACAACAUCUUAUGAUUCUACAUUUUCAAUUCCCGAAAUACCCACACCUGUGCUUAGAAAUGCCGAAAUCACGAUAAUGAAUAACCUGAACACUGGAUCUUCACUGCUUCUCGAAACUAUGGAUAAGGAGAAUCAAUCUAUAUUGGAAUCAAUUAUUGAAAGAGAACUAGAAGAAAACCCAAUUACAACGAAUGAUGAAACUAUGGAAAAUAUACCACCAAUUGAUUUUGAAAAAGAUUUCGAAAUAUCCUCCUCGGAAGAUGAUCAAGAUAAUGUUGCACCGGAGAACAAUAGGAAUUUAGCUGUAAAUUAUAUAAGGAAAGAUUCCCCAAAGCCUUUGCUUAAUCAGAACACAACGAUAAAAAAUGACUUUGAAAUGUCUUCAUCUUCUGAUGAUGACUGCGAAGAUGUUCCAGCGGAUUCUAAAAGUCAUGCGGAUGAAAAGCAAGUAGAGACCAACAGUAAUGUAGUAUCAAAUGAUGGGGUCAAGGAAAGUCCAAUGUCAUCUCUCAAUUACGAAAAAAUGGUAAAAACAGACAUGGAAUUGUUUUCCUCUGAAGAAGAGGAAGAACAUGUUUCAGAUGAAAACAAAACGAAUGUGGAUUUAAAUGAAAUAUCAAUUGAAAUGGCAAAUGAUUCUCAAACAUCAUCAUGUAACAAUAACUGUGAGGUAUCUGUAGAAGAAGAAACCAGUAACAUAAUAAUGGACAGAACGGAAAAUAAUUCAAAUACAUCAGCAGUUUGCAGUAAACAUGAAUCUAAGAACUGUAGAAUGAGAGAGUUAUUAAAUUAUCGCCGUAAACCAAGGCAACAAUCGCCCAGAUUAAAUAUCGAAGAAGAAAUUGUUUUCUAUUCAGAUCAUAAAUAUUCAAAUGUGGAUUUUAAAAUACCAAGUUCCAAAAAUACAUGCUUGCACUCUUCACAAAAUGAAUCCCAAGAAUGCUUUCCUUCAAAUGUUCCACCAAAUGAUGAGAGAUUGCCUACCAAUUUUUCGAGCUCCGUAAUAAGAGAAGAUCACUCCGCAGUUCCUAAAAAUUCAUUGGACAAACAAGAUUUUUCGCAAAAUUGUCAGCCCAAACUAACACCAAUAUUCAAUAAUAUUUGCUCCAGCAAAAGAGAGUGUUCAAACACAACAAUGCAGGUCGAAGAAAUAGUUGACUUUCCUACAAAUUCGUCCAAUACACAACGAGACUGCAGUGAAGAAAUUGCAACAGAAAAAAUUGUUACAGAAAAAAUUCUGGAAUCUCCAACACCUACAGAUUCAUUAAAUGUUAAAAAUGGACCUCAAGAUUCCAAAGAAGAAAAUGUAUCAAAAUUAGAUGAAAUAUAUGUCCAGAGUACACAAAAUUCUAUGGAGUCAAGUACAGAGUCCCAUAUAAGCGUAAUGGAUUCCUCAGACGUGACGAAUACAGAAUAUGAAAGUUCAAUUAUUGAGAUUUCAUCCGAUCCAGCAGAGAGUGAUAAAACGAGAGACACUAAAUCGCCUUUUAAUGAACUUGUAAUUGAUGAGGAUUUACCGGAGGAAAAUGAAAAAGAAAAUAAUGACUCCUUGUCAUCCCAAGACAAUAAACUGAUCACUGUUGGGAACAUCGAGAAGGAAAAUAAUGAUACUUUUUCAGCCAAUGGACGACAAAAUAAUGUGUUUAAAAUUGAAUCUGUUGGGAGGACAACAAUAUCGCCAUCCAAGAUACGAAUAUCAUUUACUGAAAGAAAUGCGCCUAUUGGAGAUUACAACAAGGACAGUUCUUUGUCACCCAAUUCCAUAAAAUCUCCCCCUGAACAUGAUAAGCCCGAUGCAGACCAAGCCAAUUCGCAUACAGAGAAUGUUGGAUCAGACGACAGCAUUAAUCCAUGUGAAGUUAGUUCAAUACUCAACAGUUCUAUUUGCAAUGAUAUCCUUACCGAAUCAAUGUGUCCCAUUGUUGAUGAUAUCUUACAAAACACCGAUGCUGAAGCCAUACUACAAUCUCCGGACGCAAAUGUUCCCAAAAAACGUGGACGUAAACGUAAAAGUGAAUGCCAACCCGAACCAGCCGCACAACCACCUUGCAAACGUUCAGAACGUAUCAAGGCUAAACAUAUUAUUUUUGAAAAAUCCCUUAAGCUAAGUGUUUCUCCCGUGGAAAUUGGUAAAUAUACUAGAGUAAGCAAUAGGCAAAAUAUGCUAAAGAAUGAAACUAAGAGUAUAAGUAAGAAGUGCAAGGAAUCGAGUGAUACAAAAACACCUGUCCAGGGAGAGGAGCAGGAAGUGGCUACAAGAAUAGGAUUCUUUAGGGAAUUGGAUGAAGUUUCAAUGGAGGAAGAGAAGACAGGUGAUAAUACAAAUGAUAACCUUGAGAAUAUUAAAAAUAAUUCCGUUUCAUUGCCCUGCAACACAACUUUUGUUGCAGACCAAAUUCAAGACAUACGUACAAAUCCGAAAAGAACGUUGACUACACCUCUAGAAAACAAUUCCCCUAAGGCAGAACAUUUUAGUACACCUUUUAAGGGUAACAAAACAUUUGUUGUUGGUGACAAAAAUGGAGAAGCCAAUUUAAAUCUUAAUCGUAACAAAACUUUUGUUGUUGGUGACACCAUUGAAGAAGCCAAGACAAAUUGUAACAAAACUUUUGUUGUUGUAGGUAAUAAAUCUGAAGAAACUAAGUCAAAUCUUCUAAAUGAAACAAGUUCAAAUCAAGUUACCAACGCUCCUUUGCCUGAUGACACCAGGCUUGUUGUUAACCAAAACGAACAAAUUACAUCACCACAAAGUCCACUUGCAAUGGCACCUGAGAACUACGAUUCACCCAUGUCCCCACAAAAUACAACAGAAGAUAUUCUAAAUACCACCACCCUAGAUAUUCCUUUAGAACUUCUACCUGAAUGUAGGCCGCAACGUAAACAUAGUUCGCUCAUGGAAAGUUUAAUACAAAACUUCUCAAUUGUCCAUUACAAUACGAUUACACUUACCAAAUGCCUUAACGAAGAAACCUUUUCCAAAAAACAAAGAUCCCUUACCAGUUAUUAUAAUGAUCUUCUAAAAAGCUAUUGUUAUAAUCCCCUGCAAAUAGAUCCGGACAUUCACGCUUCCAAAAUUGUAAAGAAACUACAAAAUGAUACCAUAGAUUAUUCUUUAUUUUAUCAUUGUAUUUUGAAAAUAGUCAAGCAAUCGGAACCAUCCGAGGUAAAGGAACAUGAGUUGCCCUCAGUUAUACAAGAAAUGCCGCCGCGACAUUUAAACCUUGUACUACAGCGUAUGUUCUAUCUCAUGAAACAUCUGAUGAUGGCGCUGCAGCCCUACAAUUGUUGUGAACAACUAAAAUUGAGAAUAGAAUCUCUGCUGUUUAAUUGUCAACAGGCUGAGAAGAUAAGCCUACACGGCUGUCUACAUUUAACCCAAUUAUAUUUGAUAACUUGUAAAUUUUUAGAAACUCAAGUGCGUUUGCAUCCGGCCCGUUUGUAUGUAGCUAAAUGUCUUUAUUUCUAUUCCAUCAAAGCUAUAAAUAUGAUUCACGAAGUUCUCCUGUGGUAUCCCAGCGUAUUACCGCCUCGUGAAGAUCCCGUCUAUGAUCGCUCAGAUGCCCUCAUAACUGUAAUACAACACUGCCUCAUGAGUACUAAAUAUGAUAUGACCAAUACGGAUAUGCGUGGUAAAUCUCUGAUUUCAAAACUACGCUUUGAAUAUCACUAUGACCCCUUUAAACCCAAUUACGAUGAUGUCAUAUCGAAUCUUACCGACAAAUUACGAAGUUCCAAACUAAAUGAUGACAUAACCUUUGCCUUUGGUCUGUUCUCGUAUCGUAUGUAUCCAAUCAGAGCGGAAAAUAUUUUAUUAAAAACUCAUCUUCUACCGCUGGCCAAUGAGUUUUUCGAAUAUGCCUUAGUAAACAGUGAUUAUGAUAUACGUAUCUCUGCAUUAUUGGAAAUUAUAUCGAUUAUUGUUAAACCCUUUCCGCAGGAUUGGAAUGUGGAGAUAUAUUUGGAUUUAUUUUCACGUUUCCUCAACGGCUUUUCAAGGAAAAUUAUUCAGGAGGCAGCCGUUUGUUCGAUCUUACGUCUGCAACGCUUCGGUUAUGUGAAUUGCUUUAAUCGUCUACGUGCGUAUAGACCCACAUAUGAGCUCGAGCCACGAACCCAGGCCAUGUUUAAAAGUUUUAUACACCGUAAAAAAUUGGAUUAUUUGAAGCAAAUACAACGGCAGAGUCCAAUACAAUAGUUUUGUAUUAAUUCCGAAUCUUAAUGGUUAGCAAAAAACAAUUAUAAAAAUGGAUCGUUUCGAUCGGUUGUUAUUCUUCUUAAGUAUUUUGUGUGAAUACGAUCAUGCAAAAAGGGAAGGCGCUUGUAACAUGUUAUCCUUACAUAUGGUCUGUUCCAGAGGUGAACGAAUGCAAACAUUUGUUCCAACGGUAACCGAUGUUUCCUUUAUGUAAUAAAAAAAUGAAAAAUUAAUACAUUCCUGCUGGGCUAGAUAAUUUUUCUAUGGAUAACACAACGAAAAAUAUUUCCUUUUAACAUCAUCCAUUUCACAUUUCUUUUCCUUUUUAAAAAAUUUCAUGUCACCGUUUCAUAGAAGAAGAAUUGAGUUCUGAAAAUUAAGUUCUUAAAGCAAUGAUCAUUAGGAAAUAUUCAUUUCAUUUACAUUACAUAACUUACAACAUUUUAGUUUCGUUUCAACUUGUAAAUUAUUUAUACUAUGCCAAAUGGCGUUAUGUAUUUUAUAAAUACCCUAAACAACUAUUUUUAAAUAUCCUUAUUUUGUAAUUUAGAUUUAUAAUUUAUUUACAAAACUUGUAAUUUUUUUGUUUCAUAUUGUCAUUGUAUAAACAACUCAACUGUAUGUUUAUUUAAGAAAUUUUACAUAAAUAUUAUAGCGUGUAAGAUAAAUAUUUUAAAUAAUGAGAAACAUAAAUUUGCCAAAAACAUAGAUUUGUUAAUUAAUUUUAAAACAUUUGAAAAAUGCUUAAUAAAGCGUAUGAAUUUGUAUUUUCA